CUUGCGAAGUAAUCUAUAGUAGGCUCAAAAUUCUUUUAAAGUGUCCAUCAAUGCUAUUGAAGUGUCGAUUUUCAUUCGGUUAGAUUAUUUUACGUAAUAUUCAUUGAAAAUCAUGACCACCACGGCGAAUCUUGAGCUCCUUCCGGAUGAUUGCGUACUUGCAAUAUUUGAGUGGCUAACGUUAGACGACCUUUGUGCUUUCAGUGGAACCUGUAAGCGUUUUCAAAUGCUAGGUCAGCAAUAUUUUCGAAUACAUUUUCCGAAUGAAGUCAAUACAGAAGUGGAAGUCAAGAUCGGAUCUAAAGGCAAAAUAUGCGUUUCACCUCACAAGAGCUACCUGAAGUGCUUUCAGAAAUUUAUUACAAAUAUAAGCAUUGUUUCAUAUGACCACGACGGAGAGGAAUCUGAAGACGACGAAUCUUCUGAGGAUGACGAACCUUCUGCAGACGAAGAUCCUGCAGACGAAAGAAUACGACAAAUGUCGCUAGUCGUAAAUUUUAUGAAUCGAAAGUGCAACAGAAUCAAUAGGAUAUGCGUUGAGGGUGAUGUGGAUCUGGAUUCAUUCAUUCAUGCAUCUGGCAACAAAGCCAAAAAGAUUUUGCGCAGUGCUGAAACAGUUGUAUUCAAAGAUCGAAAUCACAGCGGUGUUGAUGAGGCAAAAUUUCUAAUGCGUUGUCCCAACAUAACAACACUGAUUAUGGAAGAUGGCAUUGCUAUGCAAAAUUGCAAUGCAAUAUUUCAACAAAUGUACCCAAAACUUGAGCAUUUCUACUACAUUCGCAGUUAUGGAACCGAUUUGCGCAUCGACAAUCUGAAAACCUUUUUUCGGCAUCAUCCAAAGAUCAAAACUGUUGCAUGGAUGUUUCACUAUGACGAUGCUGAAGACGAUGCUCUGAAAUGUCUGCAAAUGGUCGAUUAUGUUUCAAAUUUAGAGCACAUGUUUCUCCUCAUAGACCGAUUGUUGGCAGACAAUUUUAAUUCAAUUUGCAACUAUCUCAAUGUGCUAUGCAAUCGUGAGAAUUUCCAAUGUCUGGAAAUUGAAUUUUCAGGCGAAGAAGGUGCAGCCGCUCUGAAAGCUAAUUCAAAAUUUCUAGCUAAACUGAAGCAAUGUACAAAGAUUCAUGUUACUUGCAUGCUGCUAACCGAAGUGAUUCCGGCAUUACAGUCACUAACUUACUUAAAAACUUUAAGUUUAGCUGACUUAACGUUCGAAGAGGAUUGGAAUGAUUACUUUGAAACGGAUGAUUUAGUGCGAUUAGUGGAUAAUACACGCAACAUAGAUUUGCCUUCCAUUGAAGAAGUUCAUUUAAUUGACAUGGACGACGAACACCUGUAUGUCUACAUUCUGCAAUUCGUUAGUAAUUGGAGUAAAUUGAAGAGAAUAUUCCUUCCCGCAUGCAUUUGGUCGGAUACCGUUCUUCAUGACUCAUUUCUUGAAACACUGAGUCGGCAGCGGAAAAAAUUGAAGAAUUCAUGUGAAUUGACCAUUUUUACCAACCAUAAUGGAAACAAAACCAACUUGAAGCACGACCUGGUCAAAGUAAAAUUUGCCGAAUUCAAAUUUCAUCCUUUCCGACAAUAUGCGUCUGUAAGCGAUUGUGAAUAAAUCAUAGCUGCAAAGCUUUUGUCAAUUACA